AUAAUCUGACGGAUUCCACUGAUGUUUAUUUCAUUUCGAUAAGCUCAAAGCUGAGCUUUCGAUAAGCGAAAACUGUGUUUGUUUUGUUAUUAGUGUUGAACUUGGAGCUUUUACAGCUUUGGCGUUAUAAUCUUGUGUUACUUCACCAUCAAAAGAUCAAGUUUUUGAGUUGUGAUUCCAGUUCCCGAGUACCUUCUUUUUACGCAGUGGUCAAAGCUGUCGAAGUAUGGAAAACAGUAAAAAGUUUGACGAAGGAGCAGAACAUGUCAGAAAUGCUGAAAAAUGUUUGAAAACCAAUUUCUUCAAAUGGAAGCCUGACUACGAAGCUGCAGCGGAAGAAUACUCUAAAGCAGCUGUCUGCUUCAAGAUUGUAAAAUCAUUCAGUCAAUGUCGCGAUGCAUAUAUAAAAGCAUCCAAUUGUUACAAGCAGACUAGAUCAUUAUUUCAAGCCGCUAAAUGUCUGGAACAAGUAAUUUUGGUAUCAAAGGAAAUGAACGAUGUCAGAGAGGUUGCCAAAUUAGCAGAAGAAGCUAGUACAUUGUAUCAGCAUCAUGGAUCUGCUGACACGGCAAUUUUAUUGUUGGAAAAAGCUGCGAAUAUAAUGCAAGAUUCUAGUUCAGUAGAUGCUCUGCGACUGUAUCAACAUGCUGCCGAUGUAGCUUUGAUGCAAGAUAAUUUGAGACAGGCAACGGAAUUCAUCAGCAAAACUGCAAGAAUUUUGGUUAAACUGCAGUACUACGAUGAAGCGGUUUCCGCUUUACGUCGUGAAAUAGGAUUACAUCAGCUAGUGGAAAAUAUUGGACCUAUUGGACGUUUAGCAGUGGUUUUGGUAUUACUUCACUUGACCCGACGAGAUUAUGUGGCAGCUGAGAAAGCUUUCAAGGAAUGGGGCAAUUGUUGCGAACAAGCGGAAGUUCAAACUUUAGAAACUCUGUUACAAGCGUACGAUGAAGAAGAUGCAGAAGGUGUGAAAAACGCUUUGAAUUGUCCGUUUAUUAAACACAUGGAUCCGGAAUAUGCGCGUCUUGCCCGUGAUCUACCUUUACCCAAGGGUAUCUCUACCAUUCCACCACCAGCUUCAAUUAGACCUAAUGCAGCGCCUUCGUACGUUUCACCAAAUGCUGCUAACGUUUUCUCCAAUAACGAAGAUGACGUGAAUAAAUCGAAUGAUACAUCUACCGAGCCAGCAAAAGAUCUUUCAGAAGAAUAUGAAGAAGGUGGAUUGUGUUGAUCAGUGUGUAUCAUAUUUACGAUUUACGUUUCUUUUUUUACACCAUCGUUCGUAAAUUAUGAACACGAUUUUCUGCGUACAUGGCUGACGUGAAACCAUAUCCCGAUAACGGAAAAUAACUCGUGCAUUGCUUUAAAAACAUGCCUAUCUUUGUUGAUUUUUGAUCUUUAGUAGAUCAUAAAUUGUUAUUUUAGUUUCAAAAAAAAAGUUUAUACGUGAUGCUUUAAAUUUUAAGUUUUUGUCGUCAGUGUUUAUACUAAUAGUAAGUAUGCAUAGUGAGACAUUUAGGUUGAUUCAACUUUUUUUUGUACAUCGUAAACGAAAUUUAGAUUUUCAUGAACGGACCUAAAUUAAAUUACUCUGGAUUUAAAUUUGAAGAAAUCAAUAAAAAUCUUCAAGUGGUGAGCGUAUGUUCUUUUCAGCGUAGUGCUAGAUUACUUAAUUUAUCAUGCACUUUUCAUUAUUUUGAAAAUCUCAAAACUUCAUCUGUUUUCCGUACACUAAUUUUUUGUCAGAACUCUUUGUAAAAUUUUCGGAUUUUUGUAUUAAAUUUCGAUGAAAUAAUUGAGAAUUGUGGAAAUAUUACCCGUUGCGCAUGGAAAUUCAAAUUUUAAGGAUUUUGAAAAGUGAAUGAUAAAUUAAAAAAUGUAUGCAUAUGUGCUGAAAAGAAUAAUUUAUGCCCUUUAUGCUUUCAUUUCAUAAAUUUUAAAUGCCGUCUUGCAAUGUUUCCUCGAAUCUUGGAUUUUUUAAAUAUGCACACUUACUACAUAAUUACGUAUUAUGAUUAUUUACUCAUUGUAAGAAACUUGAUGUGUUGAUUAUUUCAAUUUUUUGUUACCUGAAUUUAUUAUUAAUUAAGUACAUUAGGUAGUUUUUGUUUAAAUCCUAUUUUUCCAACUCGUAUGGAAAUAUCAUUUUAAAUACUUUAAAUGUUUGGGAUAAACUACCCAAAAUUUUUGUUUCUCUUGCUUUAGAAAUUGAUAUAAAAAAAUGCAGUGUUAUGUUCAUGAAUUUUCAAGUUUCGUAAGAAUUUUGUGUACGGAAUUACCUUUGUAUUGGUAUUGAUGAUGUAUAUUUUCUCAAAUAUUUCCGCUUUCACCUAAAAAAAACAAAACAAAACAAAAGGAAACUUCAUGUUUUACAAAAUUUUGUUUUUCUCAUCUCUAUUGCUACAAAUUUACUUUAUUAGUAGUACAGUGAGCAUGUCUUCUAUGUAAUGUGAUGAUGAUGAAAAUACGAAGUAUCCAUUUAUAAAAUCUAGUCUCGUUCUAUUUGUAUGUAUUUCAACAGUUUUCCUUUUUAUCUUGUGUAACAUUGUAUCAGUUUUAUUCGAUUUACUCGUGUGGGUUAAACCUCUUAUACCUGAAUUUGUUGUUCAUUUGAAUUAUUGUUGAAUGUUGAGAAAUUCCAAGCUUCGUUUAAUUUUACCAUUUAUUUUUACCCAUUAAAUUUUAAUUAGUAAAAGCUA